CUUUUGAUUCCUCAUUGAUGCGCCGAACUAAAUUCUAUUUUGAGACCGGUGCAGGUUGCGAUGUGCUAGAAGGCCUCCAGGCUGCUGUACUUACCAUGCGCCCAUAUGAAAAUGCCGAAUUUAUUAUAUCCUAUUAGUUGCUAUUUCACGAGAUGGGCUGCCCGCCGCGCAUUAGACCACGUUCAGAUGGACUUUUCAAAAUCGAAGUUCUUCACUUCACAUUGAUCGGGGACUCAGAUGCCUUCGCGUCAAUGGCCGCUGUGGAUCGGGACAAGUUUGCAAUAGUUUACCCCAAGGCAUUAGACAUGCACAUGCAUGGCAAGGACUGGGUGAAGCGCUUUCGCUACCGCAACGCCGUCACUGCCUUCGAGCGGGCCGUAAGCUCUCUAAACUAUUGCCGUCUAGCCAAUGAUGAGGAUGAGCGCAAGCAAAUCGCUCUGUUGAUCACUCUCAAUCAAAACUUGAUGAUCUGCUACAAUAAAUUGCAUAAUCCCAAACGCGUGUGCAUUACGAUGAAAGCCUUGCGGCGUCUCACUGAAAAUAAGCCCUCUAAGGCCCUGUAAGGCCCUCUACCAGGAAGGUUGCGCCCUGUCCGCCUUAGGCGAAUAUAAGGAUGCUCGGUGUAUUUUUAUGCAGGCUCAAGCCAAGCAGCCCGAUAGCAAUGAGAUCAGUGCUAAGAUUACUGACCUGGACAAGAAAAUCAAAAAAUACAAAGAGGCAUCUGCGUUGUCAGGCCAGAAGUUUAAAGAAGUAAAGGAUGAAACCAAAUGUAAUCCCAGUGUUGAAGAACUUGUGAAGGAGCUUGAGACUUCCGAAAAAUCGUCGGUGGCACUUUUGCGGGGUGCCUAUAUAAACUCGGACAUUGUAAUGUUAUCCAAAAUGGCCAAGGAGCACAAAAUGAAAAUAACGGUGUCCCCUAUUGACGAGAAUGACUUGACGUUGUCCAAGCUAAAUCUGCACUGAUUCGGGCACUGUUUCCCAUUGAAGGAUUAAUCCAUUUAAAUAAACAACAGACAACCAAAUUCAAUAUUUUACAUUAGUUCUAGAAGAACUUAACGUUUAUGUUGUACAUACUGAAGAGUAUGAAAAUGAAAUGUGUUUUAUAAAUACGAGUACAAGAAUAUAUUUACUUUCUGUUGGUCAGAAAAUGUCAUCUGUUUUUGGAAUAAAUGUUGUUUUUAAGCUGAA